AACGAGGAAUUUCAUUCCUGGUGUAGUGCUAACAAACUUGUAUUAAAUACAAAUAAAACUGUGUGUGUGAACUUUGGUAGGGCCAAGCAAGAGCUCGAAACCCCAAGUGUUAGUCUAAAUACUAAGUUUUUAGGGAUUUUUAUAGAUGACGAUUUGUCAUGGGACCAACAUAAUACAACGUUGUUACCUGGGGGACAGCUGUCGACAAAAACAGAGUCUUCAUCCUACAAAAAAGGAUAAUGCGAUUAAUUUUUAAUGUAAAACCGACAAUUUCUCUCAGGAAUGUUUUCAUCAAUAGGAAAAUUUUAUCAUUUCCCAGCAUUUACAUGUAUAAGCUUUGCAUCUUCAUGAAAAUGAAUAGUCAUAUUUUUCAUCCAUUAAAUGCUAAGCAUGACUAUCAUACACGCAACAAUGAGGUACUUACCAUACCCUACCAUUCCACAGCGAAGUAUGAAAGGGGUCCAUAUUACAAUGGAGUUAAAAUGUACAAUGCACUCCCUUUAUAUAUUAAAAACAUCACAAACAUUAAGAAGUAUCGAACGAACCUAAAAAAAUACUUAGUCCAACGUUGUUUUUAUUCAAUGAGUGAUUUUUAAUUGUAACAUGCACUUUAGCGUUUACACUGUUCCUAAAUGACUUUUUAAAAUUGUAAAUGUCCAUGUUUGAAUGUAUGACGAUGUCUAUGUCAAGGUACUAUAUCACAGACAAUAAAGUUAUUAUUAUUAUUAUUAUUAUAAAUCUUUUAUAAAAAUAAUCAAAAUUCGUAAUAAUUCAAAUAAGCGAUAAAUUGCCCUACAUUUAAUAAUACUAGGAAAUAAGCAACGAAAAAACAAAUCACUUGGAUACAAAUAGAAACACAAUACUCGCUUUGUGUUUACACGUAAAACCCAACCAGACUAAUUAAAUAAAUUGAAACGAAAAGUUGAAUAACGAUUAAUGACCGGUAAUUAACUUCAGGCGUUUGGACCAAACCUUAACGUCCACAUCGACUUUGCUUGCAUAGCAAUAUAUACCUAUUGCUGCCAUCUCUGCAGAGGUUCUCCUGUACCAUACACUAACUCAACAGUAUUCAGCAAUCCAGUUAUUUAUAUGGUCCAUCAAAAGGAAAUUGUAUAUUUAAAAGUUUAUUCAAAUUUUAUUAUAGACCCAAUUAUCGUCUUUCAUCUUUACUUGCAGUUGUAUCAGUGUAUGUAAUCUUUUGUUGAAGAAAAUCCUGACAAUUUCAUGUAAACUACUUUCUUCACUUUUACUCUUGAAAUCUAGCUGGCGAAUGUAGGAGUUCUCGCUACCUAAUAUGUUCUUACCCGAAGUUAAACUGCGAGAGAUCGUGGCAACCGCGCUACCUUGACAUGGCUCGUUAUCGCCAGACAUAUCUUUGUUCCUAUGCUUAACAAAAUAUGCAUUCGAAAAAUUACUUUUUUAAAUUCUAAAGCGACCACUCGUUACAACUCUUGUGAAGUAAUGAAAUGAAUUUAAGGCGUUUAUUGAGAUGUAGAGAUCAAGACAUUGCUAAAGUCAAUUCUGAUUCACUGAAAUAAAAUCGCAUCAGUAUUUUACCAUUUAGUACCCAAAAACCGAGCUAAAAACCAAGACAAAACAUUGGCAUCUGACAUAUCAAGUAAUUCAUCAUUUGCUCAUAAUUUAGGGAUAGCUCGAGCAGGUUUUAUGAGUCCAUUUUUGAGUUAUUAGCAGGUUUUAUUAUGUUGAUUUAUCAUGGUUUAUAUUCUUCAGGAAUGUACUUAUGAACAUGUUCAUUCACGUACAAACUUGAAUAUGCAUUUGAAUUAUUUGUCAUUUGCAACCCUCGCUCAAAUUUGAAACCUAAACCAUAGGCGAAUGAUGGGUCACUUGACCCAAGGUUCAAUUUAAAAUUAUUGAAGGAGUGGCAACCUUACUCGGGGGGAUUUUUAAGUAAUUUCCAACCUAAAGCGACCUGUUUUUAUGUUUCUUUCGAAAAAACUAUUUCCUUCGAGAUAUUCAGUCUGUUUCGUUUUCGUUGUGGCAUCCUGUAUACCUAACAUUAGUAAGAAGAAAAAUUACACAAUGUUACAGUUUUUCCAGACCCCAGGUGGAUUACAAGUUUGUCUAAUGGCUCACCGGUAAAUUUCUUCUGCCGCUAGUAAAAACCUCUACCAUCCUUAUAAUGUGGAAUAGGAUCAAAAGAAACAAAAUUUCACCUAUGAUCGAAAAAUGCGAUGAAAAAUAUUUAAAAUGACAAAAUUAUUAUCUACUUCCUGUAUUUCCAGUGUCUUCAUUGGGGAAGUGGUUAAGAUAGCUCUUUGUUUGUGAACCAGAAUCAAGAAAUAAUUAUUAGUGUCUCCUAUAAGUUGUGGGUAGAGUAUUAAUUUCAAUUAUACUAAACCGUGUGUUAAGGCGGAUCUAGAAAAGCGGUAGAGCGGUGUGACCCUACUGGGUCAUUGUAUUUGACCCUUUUCAAUAGGCGUAUACCUAGGUCAACUGUGCAAAGUUUUUGCUAGUUACCUAAUGUGCUCACAGACAGACGGUUUUGGGAGUUUUACUUUAUUGCACUAGCAUUAGUUUGUUUUUUUUACUUAAGAAUGUUUGUUCCAGCAAUACCUCGUAGUCAAAGUCUCUAACGAAUUGAAUCCGCUGAGCGCCUUUCCUACAGAGGGCUUUGCCACCUACGCAGCUUACUUCAUGGAAAAACACAAGCAAAUAGUAAUCAAUAAAAGUCAGCCUUUAGUUUUGGUAAAAGGUAUUUCAAAGAGGUUAAAUUGUCUAAAACCUCGUAGGUCACAUGGUAGAAAAAGUAGCGGUGAUAAAUUUGAACAGUAUUUGAUACCCGAACUUUGCGUAAAGCAAGAUUUUCCAUCUGCCUUAUGGUUACAAGCCGGUUUGCUACCAACAAUUUUGAAUAGGAUUGUGUUACUAUUGCAGGCAGAUGAAUUACGUAGUUUAAUUGCAAAAGGGAUCGGAUUAGGUAUCCAUGAACUAUCCGAAAAAGAAGAGUGGGCACCGUUACUGUUAGAUAAACAUAUAACGGACGAUAUAGAAGUAAGCGCACAUUAUGAAGAAAUCGAGCAAUCGAACAUAACGGAAAUAUCUCAAGAUAAAAUAUUUGGGAGCAUUUCUUUAACAAAGUUAUUACCUGAUUUAACAAUUAAAGAAUUAGCUGCGGAAUGUCCUUGGAAUGAGUUAACCGAACCUGUAGAUAUCGAACGACAACGUGACGUGAAGUUGACUGAUGUGGAAGCUUUUGACAACUUUGUGUCGCAAGCGCUACCAAAGGAUCACCAGUUAGUAAAGAAUAAAGUAGCAAAUCGAAAUAAGUGUGAGACGGAUAAUAACCUUUACACUUAUAAACCAUUAAAUUUUUUGAAAAUUAGAGAAAAUAGUAAAGGUGCCGAACUUGUAGAUAUUUUUACUGCACUGACUACGGCAAAAAAUAAUGACAUAGUUAAUUUGGAACGGUUAGAAACUUUGGGUGACUCAUUUUUGAAAUUUACUAUUUCUUUGUUCCUUUUCCUGAAAUAUCCAAGUUUUGAUGAAGGCAUGUUAACCAGUUUUAAAGGAAAAUUAAUUAGUAAUAAGAAUUUAUUUUACAUUGGAAAUAAAAAGGGUAUUAGUGAGUAUGUAAAAGUCGCAGAGUUUGAUCCAGCUUCCGAGUGGAAACCACCCGCAUUUAAUGUUCCUAAAAUAUUCAGAGAUAGGAUCAAUCGAUCCAUAUCGAUAAAUUCUCUCUUUCACUUUACGUUUACAAAAAGCGAACAGAUCGAUGGUAUAUUAUGUGAUAAAUCUAUCAACGACAUCAGUGCAGCUUGUGACGAGAUACCUAAAGAUGACAAUGUACACUCCAAUUCCGCAUACUCGUUUUUAGAUCAGCAAGUUAUAAGGGAUAAGUCGAUCGCCGAUUGUGUCGAAGCACUGUUAGGUGUGUAUUUUCAAGCUCACGGUAUCAAGGGUGGUUUGCGAUUUUUAAAGUGGUUAAAUAUUGUUCCACAAUUUGAAAAUAUUGACAAUCUGUUUCAAAUGACGCCUCCGAAUCCGGCCUUUGCCAAAAAUGUUGCCAAACGAAAUAUUGAAUACCAUAUCCCAGCAUGGGAAAAAGUGCAAGACAAGUUACGUUACACAUUUAAAAAUCGUGCGUAUUUGUUACAAGCGUUAACGCAUGCGUCAUAUAUUUCCAAUCGUAUCACGAACUGUUAUCAAACUUUGGAGUUUUUGGGGGAUGCUGUAUUAGACUUCUUAAUUACUUGCUACAUAUUUGAAGCUUCUGAAAAUUUGAGUCCGGGUGAUUUAACCGAUUUACGCUCCGCAUUGGUAAAUAACAUCACAUUCGCGUGCUUCACAGUUAGAUGUGGAUUUCAAAAACAUCUGCAGUUUUCAAAUAGGCAAUUAUCAAAAUAUAUAGAUAACUUCGUUCGAUAUCAAGAAUUAAACAAUCACAAGAUCAAUGAGGAAGUACUAACGUUAAUAAGUGAAGGGGAACUACACAUAGGUCAACAUAUUGAUGUGCCAAAGGUUCUUGGAGAUAUGUUUGAGGCCUUGAUAGGUGCUGUCUUCUUGGAUUCUGGUAUGUGUCUUAAAACUACGUGGAAAGUUAUUCAUCGAAUAAUGUGGAAGGAGAUGGAAACGUUUAUGAAAAAUGUUCCAAAACAACCAAUUAGAGUAAUCCACGAGAUGGUUGCGGCUAAUCCAAGGUUUGGAUCAGCUGUUGUUGUCGAUGACGGACAUGUUAUUGUACAGUUACAUUUUAUGUUAAAUGGUUCGCAAAAGGUUGUUUAUGGAGCUGGUGACAGUAAAGCAUCGGCCAAGAAAGCAGCUGCCAAGAUCGCGUUACGACUGUUAAAUAAGUAGUAGUAGUUUUAGGUAUUUUCAAAUGAUUAUUUAUGUGAUAGUUAAUUUGUAAGUAUUUUUUGUCAUAACAUUUUUUAAAUAUAAAUACUAAAACAAAGUAAAAGUGUAAUCGUUUAAAGAUGCUGUAAGUAAAUAUGACGAUGUUUUAUAUUAUGUUUCACUAUUGCAACAGAUAAAUUGGACAAAAACUUUUA